GUGCCUCUUAAUGGCUUCAAAGAGCUUGAGGGCAUGAACGGUAUUCAACGCUUCAACAUUCACCGUGACUACGGCAACAAAGACCGCCUGCCAAGCUCUCAUACAUGCUUCAAUCAGCUCGAUCUCCCGGAGUAUGAGAGCUAUGAUGCUCUUCGCACCCAGCUGCUCAAAGCCAUCACCGCUGGUAGUGACUACUUUGGUUUCGCGUAAGGAAGGACAUCGGAACGGCGGCGUCUGUUCACUUCUGGCAUGCAUUGUUAUCGUUCAUCGAUAAAGCAAAACGGGUUGUCUUAUUGGGAAACCGGUGUUCUGGGGACUAUGGAACAGCAUGGGUCAGCAAGAAGUGCUCACCCCAACCGCGUUGAUUGUCAUGGCUGGUCUGAUUAUAUGUCGUUCCUGUUUGUUAUGGCAGCUACUUGAGCUCUUUAUGGUGCGCAUCUUCACGAGAAGCAAGGACAGACGGGAGGUAUGGAUUCUUUUCUCUCUAAUUGCCUGAGGGGAUUGAGAUGAUUGUCUCUGCAGCCCACCUUCAUAUUGGCGAUUGUGGCGGCGGUGGCGGCGGCAAAGCGAGAGGGAGGGAUGAUAUGGAAGCGGAGUGCAGGCCGCGGAAGUAGAAUACCUUUUUUUGUUUUUCUUUCUUCUUUCGCUGCUCGCCGUCGGCAGACCAGUCAGGCACGAUUAUAGAGAUGCUAUUAAAAAGUUUGUUGCGUUUCGUUGCUUGAUGUAAGAUGCAAGGUAAUUGCCGUGCUGGCUGAUGAUGGUGGACGGAAGCUCGACUAUGUUUGGAACAACAGGAGUCAUCGUGUCAAAUGUCAGCACGACCAUUUUUAAUGAGCUGUGUGCGACAAAGCAGGGCAAUCAAGAUUCAGAACGCUCCAAGAUC